AAUCUACAGCUGUCAUGUAGCAUGUUCAGGCCGACAUACUGUUUUGUUUAUUUCUUACCGGGUGGACUCCACCAACACAAAGUAUAAUCUCCAGUGUCCACAAAAAUGGAAAAUAAAAUACAUUCUGCCUUAGAGUUACUAAUAAACGAAGCUAAUGACUUGUGUAUUGGCACACAAGUAACUGAACUUCACGCCAUCCCAGAUGCCAUUGAAUUUGCCCGUGAAUAUUAUGCCAAACAACAACCUGUGGUUAUACGAAAUGCUGUGGCUGACUGGCCGGCGGUGAAGAAAUGGUCACCAGAGUAUUUUAAACAAACUCUAAGUAACAAGCUAGUGGAUGUGGCCAUUACGCCCAAUGGCUACGCUGAUGGUUUGGCCAUUAGAUAUGAGGACAAAAAGGAAUAUUUUGUUUUGCCUUUAGAGGAACAAUGUACAAUGGCAGAAUUUUUGGAUAAUCUAGACAAUCCCAUGGGUGCUGUUUACUAUAUACAAAAACAAAAUUCGAAUUUUUCUUUGGAUUUUCCCGAACUUAAUCAAGAUAUUGAUAGUUCUAUUUUGGAAUUUGCAGAAAAAUGUUUUAAUAAACCACCAGAUGCUGUUAAUUUUUGGAUGGGUGAUGAGAGGGCCAUAACCUCUAUGCAUAAGGAUCCCUAUGAUAAUUUAUACUGUGUUGUGGCGGGUUAUAAAGAUUUUAUUUUACUGCCACCACACAGUAUGCCCUGGAUACCAAAACAAUUAUAUCCCACGGGGGUGUAUAAAAGGAAUUUGGAUACACAACAAUAUCAUAUAGAACCGGUAAUGUGCGCUCAGGAGCACGAAAAUGGUUGUAACAAUGAUCCCAUGUUAACCGAAUGGAUAAGUAUAGAUCCCUUGGCUCCCGACCUGUUUAAAUAUCCACAAUAUUCAAAAGUUAAACCUUUGAGAGUACGGAUGAGAGCUGGUGAUAUGCUGUAUUUACCCAACUACUGGUAUCAUCAUGUUAGUCAAAGUCAUAAAUGUAUUGCUGUAAAUUUUUGGUAUGAUAUGGAAUACGAUAGUCGUUAUUGUUAUUAUCGUAUGCUGGAGGAAUUGACAAAAUCAAAAUAGACGUUGUAAGAAAAAAAAAACGUAA